AUGGAGUUGUCUGCAGCCCGCGUCACCCUCCUCCUCAGGCUUCUGUGCGGAGGAGGAGUGGUGGCAGUCAGAGACUGCGAGUCCACCACCACCACCUUUCCCGUGCGCGCCGCCGCUAAUCAACUCGCCGCCGACGACGACUGCACCACCCACUCCCGAGGCGCCUUCAGCUUCGCCACUGAGGCUGUGGCUUGCAGUGGGGCUGCUGUGCGCUGCAGCCGUCUUUGCUGGCCUCAAACUCUGGCUGCCGCGGACAAACAAGGUACUCGCUCCCUAAGCAAGCUUAUCAGGGGAGCAGGAGGAGGAGGAGGAGGAGGAGGAGGUGAGCCCACCAGUAUCGCCAAUGCGCGUCGAGGGGAGGAGCCAGCUGGCGCGGGCACGGCUUCCAUCUCCACCGUUCCUGUGGUUCCACCUGAGGCUGUGAUGCCAGUAGCUCCCCCGUAA